AUGGCAUCCAUGCGCCGUGCCAGCGGUAGAGGAGGAAGAGGUGUACGAGUCGCGGAUGACGUUGUGCACGUGGCGGGGGAGGUGGAAACCGAGGGGAAAUUCGUGAAGGAGGCGGAACGACACAGUGAGGCGAGGAAUGAUGAAACUUUGGCGAGCGAAACGGGCACGCCAUCGCCAGCGCAAGAGCGUUCUUUAGGGGCGGCAAACUCUGUCAUGGCACCGCCCCCGCGUUUCUCGGAGGUCUCUCCCGUGUCGAAGGAAGGAACUCGUUCUUCUAGAAAACGUUUCCGCCGCGCCGACAGUCCACAAGAAGGAGAAGAAGAAGGCGAGGAAGAAGCGGAGGCACAGGAGCCGCAGAUGCGUCACACCAUUGCUGACAGUCGUUGCAGCGCUACCAGCGCCAUCACAAGGGGGAGGCCGAGCGGCAACAUGAUGUAUGAAGAUGAGGGAUUCUUUCAUGACUUGAGCGCCAUGCAACCGUUGCGCAUACACCUUGGUGUGUGCCCGUUGCCAGGCGAUGCGACGACUGUGAGGACGACAUCCAUUUCAUCGUCACUGCUCACGGAGGGGGAAACCUCCACCACGGCGCUGCUGCUGGAACCCCGGAAGUUUUUCACGUUGCCUGAAGAAAAAGGAGGGAAAGAUAUAGUUGGCUGGGCCGCCGCUUUUCCUUCUGUUGCGGUGGAAUUGCCGGGAGAAGGCGUGUACAACAAUGCCUCUGUUUCUGUAACCGUCAUGUUGGCACCGUAG